CAAUCGACAACCGUCCAUACUGGGCGCGCGAAUUCCACAGAAAGACUGCUAGGACAUCUUCGAAGUUUUAAGUCAGCAUCAUGGCUUCUGCGGGCAAGAAAAAACGAAUAAGUAACGUAACGAACACACAACCUUCAAAUAAUGGAGCAGGUUCGUCCUCUGGUACCGUUGGAGAUGGCCAGGUGUCUGGAUUUGUCGAAGGAUCCAUAAUUCGCAUCACAAUGCAAAACUUCCUGACCUAUGACCACUCCAUAGUUCACCCUGGACCAAACCUAAACAUGAUUGUGGGGGCCAAUGGAACUGGCAAGUCCAGUAUUGUCUGUGCCAUAUGUCUGGGUCUGGCAGGAAAGACUGCCAUCCUGGGCAGGGGGGACAAGGUUGGGCUGUAUGUGAAGCGUGGGUGCAACAAAGGAUCGGUUGAGAUUGUACUGCACAAGGCCAAGGGGAACCUGGUGAUCAAUAGAGAGAUCCAUGUGGAGAAUAACCAGUCGACGUGGAUGCUUAAUGGGAAACACUCCAGCCAGAAGACUGUGGAGGAGGAGGUGAAGGCUCUACAGAUCCAAGUGAGCAACCUCUGCCAGUUUCUGCCACAGGAGAAGGUGGGUGAGUUUGCCAAGAUGACCAAGAUUGAGCUGCUAGAGGCCACAGAGAAGUCAGUGGGACCUCCAGAGAUGUAUGAGUUCCACUGCGAGCUCAAAACCUUCCGCACCAAAGAGAGGGAACUGGAGAAUGUGUGCAAGGAGAAGGCCAGCGCCCUGGAGAAGUUCAAGCAGAGGAACGAACGGAACAAGCAUGACGUGGAGCGCUACUACGAGAAGAAGAGACACCUGGACAACAUAAAGAUGCUGGAGAAGAAGAAACCCUGGGUGGAGUAUGAGACUGCCCGUAAGGAGCUGGAGGGGGUGAAGAAAUCAAGGGAGGACGCCAAGAAGCAGCUGAAAACCGUGAGGGAGUCCCAGGCCCCCAUGCUGAAGAAAAUCCAGCACAUCGACAGUCAGCUGAGGCCCAUCGAGAACCAGAUGAAGGACAAGACGGUCAGCAUCAGGGAGGCCUCUCAGAAGUGUAAACAGAAACAGGACCAGCUGGACCGGAAGCACAGAGAGAUUGAGGAUAUCAAGCAGGCCUUCAGCCUGAAGCAGACAGAGGCGGCGGACCGGCAGAAGCGAAUCAGCAACACCCGGCGCAUGAUUGAUGAUUUGAGGGCGGAGCUGGCCAAUGUAGGCGACCAAUCAGACGUGACGCCGCGGAUCAAUGCAGUGAAUGCGGAGCUGAGGCGCAUCCAGGAAGAGAAAGCAAAGAUGGAGGGAGAAAAGGCCGACAUGCGUAGGGAGAAGGACAACUUGAACGGAGAGUGUAGACUGUUGAAGAACAGGCUGAGGAGUCUGGAUGACAUGAUGAAAAUCAAGGAGGAGAAGCUGAGAGGGCGCUCCAAGGAUACCUACGCUGCCGUCCAGUGGCUGAGGCAGAACAAACACAUCUUCAGUGGCAAUGUCUAUGAACCUAUGAUGCUAGUGAUUAGUGUCCGCAACCCUAACCAUGCUAAGUACGUGGAGAACCACAUUCCAUUCAAUGACCUGCGAGCCUUUGUCUUCCAGAAGAGGGAAGACAUGGAGAAGUUUAUGAUGGAGGUGCGUGACAGCCAGAACCUGAGGGUGAAUUCAGUCUUCGCCCCUGAGGAAUCCUGCGCCACCCGCGCUCCCUCCCGACCCAUCGAGUCUCUGAAGCGUUUUGGGUUCUUUGCGUACCUGCGGGAGCUCUUUGAUGCUCCAGAAGAGGUUAUGAGCUACCUCUGCAACCAGUACAAGGUGCACGAUGUUCCCGUAGGAACGGACCAAACCAAAGCCAUGAUCAAGACGGUGAUUGAGGAGCCCUACCUGAAGGUGCUUUACACAGCUGAGGAGAAGUACUCCCUGAAGAAGUCCUUUUACUCGGGCAAGACCAGUACCAGUAACUCUGCCGUGCGGCCCUCCCAGUACCUCACCAUGGCCGUGGACGCCGAGGAGAAAUGCCAGCUGGAGGAGCAGAUCAGGACUGCUGAAAAGAGCAUGCAGGCCAUUGAUGUCCAGAUGAGCGCCAUGCAGGAACGUACUGCCAAGCUGGAUCACUGUGACAAUGAGCUACGGGCCCAGAAAAAGGGGCUCUCGGAGAUGAAGGGUAAAAAGAGACAGUUGGAACAGAAGAUCAGCACCAAGCAGGACAGUCUUCGGCAGAUGGAGCAGGGGGGCAUUGACCUACAGAAGGCUGAGGAGGAGACCAAGGCCCAGAUCUCAGCAGUCAACUCCCAGAAGGUGGCCAUUGUGGCUGAGUUCAUGGCCCACAUGAAGCUGAGGGCUAAGUUGAGCAUGGAGAAGGUGUACAUGGCUCUUGAGACCGUGGGCAUGACAGCAGAGAAGACCAAGCUGGAGACUGACUGCAGGGAGGGCUCGGCCGAGCUCAGGGUCCUAGAGCAAGCGUGUGCCAUGCUGGAGCAGCGCAAGGCCCGUCUGUUGGAGAUGUGUAAGGGCCUAAUGAGGAGGGCCAGGGAGAUCUGUAACAUGGACCCUGGGGAGAGUGCUGUACCCCCAGACCUACACACGGCCUUCAGCCAGCUGCCCGACACUAUGGAUGAGAUAGACGCCAUGCUGAAUGAGGAGAGGUCCAGGGCAGAGUGCUUCACUGGCCUCAGUGAGAAUGUGGUGGAUGAGUACAACAGGAGAGAGCAGGAGAUCAAGAACCUGGAGAAAGAACUGGAUGAGAAGAGCAAUGCCCUGAAAACCUACAGACAGAACAUAUCAGAGGCAAAGGAGCGCUGGCUGAAUCCUCUGAAGCAACUGGUAGAGCAGAUCAAUGACAAGUUCAGUGAUUUCUUCCGCUCCAUGCAGUGUGCCGGGGAGGUGGACCUGCAUUCAGAGAACGAGGAGGAGUAUGAUAAAUACGGGAUCCGUAUCCGGGUGAAGUUCCGUAGCAGCACGCAGCUCCACGAGCUCACAGCACACCACCAGAGUGGAGGGGAGCGCAGUGUCUCCACAAUGCUCUACCUCAUGGCCCUGCAAGAGCUCAACCGCUGUCCCUUCCGAGUGGUGGAUGAGAUCAACCAGGGUAUGGACCCAGUCAAUGAAAGGAGAGUCUUUGACAUUGUUGUACGGACAGCCUGCAAGGAGACAACCUCCCAGUACUUCUUCAUCACACCCAAGCUCCUUCAGAACCUCCAGUAUGCAGAUGAGAUGACUGUCCUGUGUGUCCAUAACGGACCUCACAUGCUGCCCCCCAACAAGUGGGACGAGAAGGCCUUCACGAGACGCUGCCUCCGCCGCAAGGGCAAAUAGUGAAAUGACCAGUUCAUGAUUUUCUGAGCUCUCAUUUUUGGUUUGACAAAAGAUUUGUUGACACAAUCAUUUUUUUUUUUUAUAUACACUGUUUAAAUAGAUACUUUGUAAAUACUGUUCGAUAUGCGUUGUUCAAAUGUUAUCUUUGAGAUUGGAAUGACUCCUUUUCGCAGAGUCAUUCCAAUCUCAAAGAUAACAUGCUAAUUGUAAAGAUGCAAGUGCUGUUCUAUUUUGGGUUGAGCAAAUUAAUAGUGGAUUAAAUGUUCUUGACGUGAAGCAGUCAACAAGGCAUGAUAUUUUUUUUUUUUUUUUUAAAUCUAAUGGCCUUUGCCUAGUUCUUAGGACAUCAUCAGUGUGAAAUCAACAAGUUUCACCCCCCCCCCCCCUCCCUCUCAUUCUAUCAAUGGUCCUUUGAUCAAAUUGGAUGCCUUUAGACAAUCAAAGACCAUCGAGGGCAACAAAAUACUUUUUCGCUCAUCACAAUGUGAUCACACAAUUGUACUAGAGUUGACAACUUCCUAUGCAAAUGGGCCACGGUGUAACAGAGUACCAUUUGAUUUGUUUAACCCUUUAAUAUUGUAAUGUUUCUGUGCUUUUUUUUUUCUUUUUUACAUUUUAGAAUAAUGAUCAAUGACAUGAGUGAUAUUCAGUCUGCAUAGAUGACACUUUUUUUAUGCUACCCAAGAUUACUUCUAUUAUUUAAGGGUGUUCUAGUAAGCUAUUGUGCAAAGUAAACAAGUUAUUACUCAAGUGA